AACAUUUGGCAACAGAAUCUGCCGAAUGAGUACACCACUGGUCUGAGGGGAAAAUAACUCCAGGACAACGAAAUCAGUAGGCUACACGAAAUAAGACCUAAACAGAGAUGUGUUCGUUUUCGGGAGCCGAUUAGAAAAACUAACAUUCCAGAGGCGACGUGAGUAAAGAAUAAAAAACCAAGCCUACAAAAGUAUUGAAUGUGAGAGCGCUAGACAGCGUUUAUAUUCCAUGGUGCCCAUUGGUAUUUAUUUACGCCUGGGGGAGGUGGUUAAGAUGUUUGCUUUGGAAAUUCGUUCGACCAACUGCAAUAAAGUGUUUGGCAAGCAAUCUAGUAGCUAGGUGGCUGUAUUCAGUUGCGCCUUCCGUUUCUUUAAUUGGACGUCUAUUCGGGAUAUUUGUUAAGAACGGAUUUUGCCAUUACCCGGUGAUGUUUCACUGUAUACCUCUGUGGCGGUGCAACCGUCAUGUUGAAGUGAUCGAUAAGCGGCACUGCUCUCUGUUGUACGUCCCGGAUGAGAUCUACCGCUACAGUCGGAGUUUGGAGGAACUUUUGCUGGACGCUAACCAACUCCGCGACCUGCCCAAGCCAUUUUUUCAGCUGGUAAAGCUACGAAAGCUGUGCCUGAGUGACAACGAGAUCCAGAGGCUUCCUCCAGAGAUAGCCAACUUCAUGCAGCUUGUAGAACUUGAUGUCUCUCGUAAUGACAUCAUGGAAAUUCCAGAGACCAUUUCUUACUGUAAAGCUCUCCAAGUAGCGGACUUUAGUGGAAACCCAUUAACAAGAUUGCCUGAGAGUUUUCCAGAGCUCCGGAAUUUAACUUGCCUUUCCAUCAAUGACAUUUCGUUGCAGAUUCUUCCCGAAAACAUUGGAAACCUCUCCAACUUGGUGUCACUGGAACUCAGAGAGAACCUGCUAACGUAUUUACCAGAGUCACUAUCGCUACUUCACAGACUUGAGGAACUUGACCUGGGGAACAAUGAAAUUUACAAUUUGCCUGAAACAAUAGGCUGUCUUGUCAGCUUGAAGAACUUGUGGCUGGACGGAAACCAGUUGGCUGAAAUACCUGCAGAGAUAGGCAGCAUGAAAAGCCUCCUGUGUCUAGAUGUAUCGGAGAACAAACUGGAGCACCUUCCAGAAGAGAUCGGCGGCCUGGUCUCCCUAACUGACCUGCUGGUGUCUCAGAACCUCAUCGAUGCUCUGCCAGAGGGCAUAGGAAAACUAAGGCAACUGUCUAUAUUGAAAGCAGACCAGAAUCGUCUUGCCCAGCUGCCAGAGAGCAUUGGCAACUGUGAGAGUCUCACUGAACUGAUGCUCACAGAGAACCAGUUACAGAGUGUGCCAAGAAGUAUUGGAAAACUAAAGAGACUCUCCAACUUCAACUGUGACAGAAACCGAUUAGCAUCAUUACCAAAAGAGAUUGGAGGUUGCAUUAGCCUGAAUGUCUUCUGUGUACGAGAGAACAGGCUUACAAGGAUUCCCUCUGAGAUCUCUCAGGCCUCAGAGCUGCAUGUGUUUGAUGUCUCCGGAAAUAGACUGCUCCACCUACCCAUUUCUCUGACUGCGCUGCGACUCAAGGCACUGUGGCUGUCAGAGAACCAGUCGCAGCCUCUGCUCACCUUCCAGAAUGACAUAGACCCAGAGUCUGGGGAAAAGGUGCUCACCUGUGUUCUCCUGCCCCAGCAGCCUUCAGAACCAGAGAGUAAAGGCUCAGACAACCUUGCUCGCUGUGGUGCUCUGGAGAGCCUGGUGAAUGACAUGGUGGAUGACACCUGGGGUGACAAGGCCAUGAAGAGGAUCAGUGCCAUCCACUUCCUGGAUGAAGACGAUGACGAGGAUGAUGAAAAGGGAAGGCUGAUGCGACAAGCCACUCCUCACCCAGGUGAGUUAAAGACUAUGAAGAAAGCGGUGGAGAACCUCCGCAACGACCUGAACGCUGCCAAAGCUCUGGAUUCCAACAAAAACGAGGUCAAUAACACUACAGUCACCACGUCUGUGUGACUUCUACCUCAGAAACAUCUCCUGUGUCUCUCGCCAUGUUCUUCUGCACCACCACCAGAACCUACUUUAAUCCCACAAACCCCUCCUGCGGCCUCCCUACCUAGCCCUCCUGCGGCCUCCCUACCUAGCCCUCCUGCGGCCUCCCUACCUAGCCCUCCUGCGGCCUCCCUACCUAGCCCUCCUGCGGCUCAACCCUGGGACUCUGCUGUGAUCCUUUUGUCCAGUACCUUACUUCAUCUCCAAUACACACCAUGGUAUCUGGCUCAGACUACCAGGGCCCAUGUGCCUUUUCAAACUGUUGUGCUAUAUUUUUUAACAUAGCAAUAAUCUGCAUAGGUGUGGUCCUUUUCAAAGACAUUUGAAAAAUGUUGCUUUUUAAAGAUUUAUUUCUACAUUUCUUUGUAAAUGGACAAUAGGUAGUUGCACUACUGUAAGUCUUUAGUAUGUUAAAUAUUGUUGACAUCUUCAUAAAUAUUAUAUUUGUUUUAUUUUUUAGAACACUGGGUGAAUAUUUUUUUUUCGAAAAUUUCGGGAUACUUGACCAACUGAUUUAAGGAUUACUGUAUAGUCAUUUUGUGAAUAUUGAUAAUUUUAUACUUUUUGGCAGCUCAGAUGGUGUAAAUUAAAACAAUGUAUAGCAAGUUUCUUAAUCUAUGGCAGAAUUGUUCUAAACGUUAUUACUUUGUAUGUAUUUUAUUUCCUUUUAAGUAAAGAAAUGAACAAAAAUGCAGUUGCUAAUGUCUUAUCGUAAUUGACUUUGGAUGGAUAGACGGCCUCGACUCUUUUCUAUGCCAUUGUUUAACUUCUUAAUCAAAUCCUAAACAAAUUUUGAUAUAGACAUGUUUUGUAAUUAAGGGCUAGUACAGUGAGCAACGUGUACCUUAACCACAACAGAUUGAGUGGAAGUGACAGGGCUGUCUUACUUUCUUUUAUUGCGCUUCACUGCUUUGAAAUGUUUUCUUAAGUAGAUACUGGGCGGCAGGUAGCGUAGCGGUUAAGUGUUGGGCCAGUAACCGAAGGGUUGCUGAUUUGAAUCCCUGAGUCGACUAAGGAACAAACAAAAUCGGUGACCUUGAGCAAGGCACUUAACCCUAAUUGGUCCUCUAAGUCACUCUGGAUAAGAGCAUCUGCUCAAUGACUAAAAUGUAAAUACUUUAUCAGAAACUGCAGAAUUUUUCAAUGUCUAUUUCUCUUUUAACACAUGUGCAUUGGACUUUCAAUGGCCAAUUUCAUUUCACGCAAAAGGAAAUGAGGACCAUGGUGGAAUCGUUUGGAAAAUGCAGUUUAAGCAUGAACUCAUGCACUUAGUUUUUUUGUCUUAAUAAAAACAAUUUGUUGUUCAAAUGGUAUACGAUAACAAUGAUUUAAGUUUUCUGUUGUAUUACCAGGAGGAACAUUUGUUUUAUCUUUAUUUAUACAUUAUUUUCUUUAGUUAUCAAGCUGCACAUAAACACAAUCUCAAAUAGGCACGGACACUGAGCCUACAGAUUUGGAUGCCUUUUACCCACUGAUAAAAUUAAAGGGGUUUAAAACUAAA